AAAACUACAAAGUCAACGCCAGCAAAUACGAAAGCCCUGAUAAUUCCACUUCGUUGACAUUUCAAAGAAUCGUUGCUGCAUUGAAUUGAAUGAUUGCUUCAUAAAGAUUCGGAGUUCAAACCAUUAUAUAGUAUCCUUACAACUACAAUACACUAGUGGAUUAAUUACAUACAUCAAUGACAUCUGCACCGUUGUAUUCUAACUCUGCUCAAGCCUCUUCUUCUCGGUCAUGGAAAUACGAUGUAUUUAUAAGUUUUAGAGGAGAAGAUACCCGCAAAACCUUUGUAGAUCAUCUCCACUCUGCUCUUGUACAGAGACUAAUUCGUGUUUACAAGGAUGAUGAAGCACUUCCCCGUGGUGAUUCCAUUGGUCCAUCUUUGUUUAAGUCUAUUGAAGAAUCACAGAUUGCUGUCAUAGUAUUCUCCAAAAAUUAUGCAGAUUCUUCAUGGUGUUUAGACGAACUUGUGCAUGUUAUGAAAUGCAGGGAAGAGAGAGGGUUAACUGUUAUGCCCAUAUUCUAUGACGUGCAUCCCUCAGAACUGAGAAAUCAGAAAAGAAAGUUUGGAAAAGCAUUUGGCAAACAAGAGGUGAAGAACUACAUGAAUGCUGAUUCAUGGAGAAAGGCACUUAUUGAAGCAUGUAGCAUUGCUGGAUGGGAACCCAGGCUCAUUGCCAACGGGUAUGAAUCAAAAGUCAUCAAAGAAAUUGUUGAUAAAAUUCAAGAUAAAUUGGUUCCCCUAGAUUCUGAUGUUGACGAAGAGCUUAUUGGAAUGAGGGUUCGCUUGCAAGAUUUGAUAUCACGGUUAGAAAUUGGGUCGAGUGGGGUGCGCAUGGUUGGGAUAUGGGGGAUUGGAGGCAGUGGUAAGACCACUCUCUCAUUUUCUGUUUAUACUGAAAUCUCUCGCCAUUUUCAAGGUCAUUGCUUUAUUUCCAAUAUUCGUGAGCAAAGCAAACAUGGUUUGGAAAUCUUGCAACAGAAAUUUCUAUCCACCGUUUUAAAAACCGAAGUAAAAGUGCAGAGUGUUGAAGAGGGAAAAUUUAUAAUAAAGAGUCGGUUAUGUAACAGUAAAGUAUUAGUACUUCUUGAUGAUGUUGAUGAUAUUGACCAGUUACAGGCAUUGGCUGGAUCACAUAAAUGGUUUGGUGGUGGAAGCCGAAUAAUAAUCACAACGAGAGAUGAACAUGUGUUAACAGCUCACAGGGUAGACCACAUCUCUCCUGUUAAAUUAUUAUCCAAUGCAGAGGCGAUCCUGCUACUUCAUAAGCAUGCUUAUAAUGAAAAAAAGCCUCUAAAAGAUUAUGAGACACUUUCAUUACGUGUGCUUGUUUAUGCUGGUGGGCUCCCAUUAGCAAUUAAAGUUUUAGGUUCUUUUUUAUUUGACAAAGAUGAAAAUGAGUGGAUAAGUGCCCUCGCCAUGUUAAAAGAUUUUCCAAAUAUCAAGAUCAUGGAUAUACUCAGAAUUAGUUAUGAUGGACUUGAACCUCUCCAGAAAGAGUUAUUCUUGGAUAUUGCAUGUUUCUUCAGGGGGUUCAGCACAGAUAUCACACACAGGCCGAUGGAGAUACUUGACGCUUGUGGAUUUCACCCUAUUAUAGGGAUAAAGGUGUUGCAACAAAGAGCUCUCAUUUCUAUUGUGGAUGGCGAGUUUGACAUGCAUGAUUUGGUUCAAGAAAUGGGACACUACAUUGUUAGGGGGGAGCAUCCUAACAAUCCUGAAAAACAUAGCAGAGUCUGGAAAGAAGAAGAAAUCGAUAACAUGCAUCUUGGGGAUACAACAAAGGAAAAUCAAGAAAUUGAAGCUAUAAAUUAUGAUGGACAUUUAUCAUGCUUUGGUAAGAUUAUUUCUAACAUGAAGAAACUAAGGUGGCUUAGUUACAAUGACGAUGCUGAAGCCUAUGGCAAUGACGAUUCCGAUGACGAUGCCGAAGACUAUGUCAUUGAAGUGCCUACUUUUUUGUCAAAUGAGUUGAGGUAUAUUUAUUGGGGCAAGUAUGGAGCAAGUCCAUUCCCAGACAGUUUCCAACCAUCAAAGCUUGUUAUUCUAAAAAUGAGUGAAAGCUUGCAGAAAGAACUUUGGAAUGGUUACAAGCAUCUACCACAUCUGAAAGUGCUUGAACUCGGUUAUUUGAACAACUUACUCAGCACACCAGAUUUUGGUGGACUUCCAUGUCUUCAGAAGCUGAAACUCGAGGAGUGUUUCAAGUUAGAAGAGAUUCACCCAUCACUUGGAAAUCAUAGAAGUCUUGAAAAUGUAAUUAUAUUAUCGUGCUACAAGCUUAGAACCUUCCCAACAAUUGUCCGGAUGGAAAAACUCAUCACCCUUGAGAUAUCGUAUUGCAAGCAUAUGAUCGAAUUGCCAGAGAUCCAAGGUAACAUGGACAGGUUGGUAAAGUUGAAUUUGAGAAGGUCUCCCAUUGAGCUUCUGUACUCAUCAAUUGGAGAACGUUAUAAUCAAGUUGAGCCAGUGUUCUAUCGGUUGACACAUAUUGUACAAAAGUUAAGUUUCAGAAGCUUACGGAAUUUGAAUCUCGGUGGCUGGGGUUUAAAAGACCGAGAAAUUCCCUCUGGUAUUGGGGACUUGUCCAACUUAGAAGAGCUCAACCUUAGUGGGAAUGAUUUUUUACGAUUAUAUUUCAGCCUCUCCCGUUUAACUCAACUCAGACGCCUCUGCCUGAAUUGGUGCAAAAAGCUUGUAGAGUUCCCAAGGCUCCCAUCAAGUGUAGCUUUUCUUGAAGCAGACUAUUGUAACUCCCUUACAUCUAUUGAAAAUAGUCUCAGAAGUUGUAAAAGGCUGUAUGAAGUGUCACUUGUGGGAGGGGGUGUUAUAUAUGAUGGCAACAGAUUACUACAAUCCAUGCUCCAGGGAAGUGAUAUUAAAAAUCAUUGGAUGAUUCUCCAACUCCAAGGCCUUGAUAUUCCAAGGUGGUUUUUACCUUCUCUUGUUAGCGGGAAGACAUGUACAUUGGAACUUCCAGAAAACUGGUGCAAUGACUUUUCAGGAUUCUUGAUGUGUGCUGCUUGUACAAGAAGUUUACGUCCACGGGAACGUAUCGUGAUAACAAUGGAGCAGGUGAUGAGUGGUGGGUUGGGUAUGGAUUGUCAAUAUGAUGAUGUGGCUUGGAAGGAAAGUGCUGAUGAUAGAAGUACAUGGGCUGGGUUUGUUUCUUUUGAUCUGUUGAAACAUACCUCAUGGUGGGAUGAAACAUUUAACGCUCUUUCAUUUUCGCUUCCGAAAUUCGACAAGCUAUGUAGAGGGUUUGGAAUUGGACUCGUUCCCAAGAAAACUGGAACUGCUUCAGCGGAAACAUCAACAUGUUCUCCUGCCUUUUCUAAUUAUUCACCUAACUUCAAGAUUACACAUUACUCGGUUUCUGCUUUAACGAUUGUCUUUAAUGGCGAAAGGUACCAUUAGUAAUCUAGAGGGACAAGAUAUAUGUACAUUUUUAUAUAGGGGGAAGGGAAUAUGAGGCUGUUAGGCACCUAAGUUGGGUGAAAAACCCUUUACAUACCUUUUUUUAAACUAUAA